UUGGGUCGAAACUUGCUAUCCCCUUCGGAAUCCUCUUACACGGGGAGAGGUGCUGCACGUUGAUUCUCUCUUAAAUCUUGAAACGGGUGUUGACUGCAGGGGCGAGCCUUACUCAAGGCAGGUUGAACAUGGCGUUUCAAUCGCUAACCGGGCGUCAGUCCGCCGCUUCGCCGUCGGUAUCGCUAGAAAAGGGAGCGUACCGCUUGAGAGGUCCCGCAUGGUCUCGAAAGCGAUCACUAUCCCGGCCUUUGCCUACGGGAAGGCCAGGAUUAUCGGGGCCUGCCCAGCUUGGGAACCAGGAGACGCAACUAGCUGUCGUCAUUGUCCUUCUGGCGCUGGCCACAGUUAGCUCUUUCGGUGCAGCGUACUAUUUGUAUUCCACUAGUCGUCCUCUUUGAUGCAAGUCCUUCCGGCGUGGAGCGUGUGGCGUUGGACGGAAUAAACCGCUUCCUUUCAUAUCUGCCCCACAGCGGCUUUAACAAUCAACGCAUUACUUUGGCAAAUGCUCUCGUGUUAUCUCGUAUGCUG